AUGCCGACGAGUUUGUUCAGCGAGAUGGACCGCUCCAAUUCCGGCGGAAACGCCUCACUCGAGGACCGGCGCGCGUUGCAACUCGCCUUCGAGUUGUCGAUGCUCGGUUUCGAGGGUAGCUCCGACUGCCCCGGCACCGGCACCGGCAGCGGCACCGCCAACGGAGUCACCAACGAUCCCGACCCGCUGCAAACCGCACCGGCCAACGUCUUCGAGGAGGCGCGCUCUAAGAAGAGCCAGAACAUGACUGAGUGCGUGCCGGUCCCCAGCAGCGAGCACGUGGCGGAAAUCGUCGGUCGACAGGGCUGCAAGAUCAAGGCGCUCCGCGCCAAGACGAACACCUACAUAAAGACGCCGGUGCGAGGUGAGGAACCGGUGUUCGUCGUGACGGGUCGCAAGGAGGAUGUCGCCCGUGCGAAGCGUGAAAUCUUAUCGGCUGCGGAGCACUUUUCGCAGAUCAGAGCGUCGCGCAAGAGCUCGCUGGGCGCACUCCUUGGCGCACCACCGGGGCCACCCACGUCGGUUCCUGGACACGUGACGAUUCAGGUACGCGUACCCUACAGAGUGGUGGGUCUGGUCGUGGGACCCAAGGGCGCUACCAUCAAGCGCAUCCAACAUCAGACGCAUACCUACAUUGUAACACCUAGUCGUGACAAGGAGCCGGUAUUCGAAGUGACCGGUCUGCCGGAGAACGUGGAGUCGGCUAGGCGAGAGAUCCAAGCUCACAUCAGCUUGCGCACAGGCACGAGUGCGAGCGUGUGCGAGGAGGCUGAUCUGCUGGGCGCGCUCUGCCGCGGCGGGCUCAGCUCAAUUUUGACUUGCCUCGAUCCGCCCGGUUCGAACGCCUCCAACGGUUCGAGCGGCGCGUUCUCGAGCAGCGGCAGCUGCAGCAGCUCAUCCAGUAGCUCCGGUGCCGCAGGGAUGAACGACAUCGUGGCUAUUUGGGGCGCUGGAGGACUGGAGAGAGACGAAGGUCUCGGGGAGUCGCCGUCAUUCGAGUCGCAGCCGGCCUCGGCCUCUUCGAUCUGGUCGUUUCCGAGUGUCACGCUACCGUCGAGGCCCUCACCACCGGCGUCGGCGAGCCCGGCGUCGCCCACGGACUCGCUUCUGGGCGGCGCACGGCGAGAGUGCCUCGUGUGCGGCGACAAGGAGGUUACGGCAGCGUUGGUACCCUGCGGACACAAUCAUUUCUGCAUGGACUGCGGUACCAAACUCUGCGAGAGCAUCGAUCCCAUCUGCCCGGUAUGCUCCAGGCCGGUGUUGCAGGCACUCCGUAUCUUCUCCUAA